AUGCGACUGUACAAUGGCGACUGCAGCGGGCUGCGCGAUGGCGGGCUGGCGGCGAUCGCGUCCUCGUGCCUGCGGCUGCGCCUCGUCGACGUCUCCAACUGUCGCCGCGUGCUCCAAGCGCCGGCGGCCGCGCGCUUGGUGCCGACGUCGACCGGCUGCUCUCGCGGCGCCGAGGCGUGCCGCUUCGGUCACGCUCGGCGACGCGCCGCGCGGGUCUUCGAGCUCGCGACCCGCGACGAGCCAGCAUGGCUCGUCGCUCGACGGGAGCCUGCCCAGUAUGCUCUUGGCAUUCUGUACAGCCUCGCCAAGCUCUCUGGGAAGGUCUCCAGGGCCAGCCGCAAUAAAAAAACCGAGCUCUGA